CUUUCUGUUCUGCUGUAAAGGGUUAAUGUUCUUGUUUGCACUGGAAUUUGAACACACACCUUAUCAGACAGAUCCGGUUCCUACUAGAGAAAUCUUUUGAGUACUUAGAGAGUUUUUUUUUUUCCAGUCUGAAAAUACUGACUCACAAUCUACCCAGCUCAUGCAAGAGAACAGAUUUGUUUUAUUUUUAUUUAUACAUGUGAAAAGCAGUAUCAGAAUGGGAAAGAUGUGAAUAAAGCUUUAUGGAAGAUUCCUACUAUCCAACAAGGGGAACAUGUUAGCUGCAAAGCUGAUACAUUAAGACUACAAGUAAGUCUGUAUAAGGGGGGCUGACACUGUAACAAGGUUAGGGUGCAGAUUGGAAGAUACUUUUGUGUUUUGCUUUUUUUACCCUACGGUAGGAAACAUGUCAUGCCAGUUGCUGUUGUAGGAGUUUAACUCUCAUUAUCUCUCUAUUUUCAAACCUUUUCAAGGUUAAUGUGAGUUAUUUUGGGAUGAUCUAGGAGAAAUGCUGUAUUUAAAUGGGAAAUUAAAUACACAAUGCAUUAUCCAUGACUAAAGAAUUUGAAGGUACUUACCUGUAUGUAUGUUUAUUUCUAUGCUACUGCCCUAAUAUUAUUUUCAUACUUGACGUUUCAAAAAAUCCCUUUACCUAAACAGUAAUUUGUUUUGAGUUGUCAAACUUGAAUUGUAUAAUGUAUACCAAUAUUGCACAUAUGUAUGAACGAUCUUUAGCUAAAUUGGAGCUUUUAAUCAAUUUAACUAUUUGGAUUCAAAUUUGCAAAUCUGUUGUCAAUUUCCCAGACCUGAUUUAGUGUAUAAACAAACCUCUUUGAAGUUGGAAAGAUAAUGAAAGAGUGGGUCUGAGCACACUGAGUUGUAAUUUUUUUUUUUUUUAUGUGUUUGGGUUUAGUAAAAUCCUUUUUUUUUUUUUUCGUUGCAUUUCAGUACCUCAAUAUGAUUAAAAGGUGCCAGCAACUGGGAGUAAGUAAGGCCCAACAGCUUACAUUAAUCUCAUACUAUAGACUACAUUCUCUGAGAUACAUAGAGCACCCAGAUAUGUCUAUAAAACCCAGAUUUUAUUUUAUUUUGUCCAAAAAUACUGAAUAUAUCUACUGGGUUUUUUUUUUGUUUUUUUUCUCAUUAAGAUAUGAAUUAAUUUCAAAUGAGUUAUAUACUGUCAGUACUGUAAGCUUGUUUGAGCAGGGUCCUCUUCAACCUAUUGUCCUAUUGUCCUAUUUAUAGUUAAAUCCCCCCUCUCAUAAUAUUGUAAAGCGCUAUGGAAUCUGUUGGCGCUAUAUAAAUGGGAAUAAUAAUAAUAAUAAUAAUACAUCUGUAACAACUUGUAACCCAGCCCGGCUGCUUCCUCCAUGGCCCUCUGAUUUCAGGUUACACCAGCGAUUAAACAGGUUUAGUCUGCAAAAUUCAUAAUGUAAUUUUAUGAGAAAAGUCAUUAAGUAGUGCAUAAUAGAUAAAUUAAUCAAAUAAAUAAAAUGGGCCUUUAAAACUACAAUAAUAUUCUGCAACCGAUAUUUUAAUGUAAUGAUAGGAUGGCAGUCUUUAAUACAAAUUAAAUUCUGCAAAAGGCUUGGAAAGUCUUUUCCUUCUGCAUAACAUAUAUUGUAGAACAUAUUUGUAAUAAGUUUUCAUGAAACAACUAUUAAAAGAUGCUCUUCAUAAUUUAGAAUACAUUGUGAUGAUACUGCAUCCAUUAAUGGACAGCACAAUUACAGCACCAUAUAUGAUUCAACUCCUUUUUUUGUGUUAACGAUAAGGUUAGGGCUAGGUGGAGACAAUAAAAUAGAUGAUCACCUAUUAUAAUGAUAAGGAGUACUUAUUGUUAAGUUUAGUAGGUAUUUAGUGGACUGUCCAUGUUAAUUUAGGAAACAUCGGUAUUCAGCAUAUGGUAGACCGUAAAUCCAAUCAUUCCUAACCAUGCUGUGAAAUGUUGGUAGAAUUUGUUCUGUAGCAUAUACAGUGUCCAUAAGUACACUACUUAAAGUGCUCAGGGUUAUAUAUAUAUAUAGGUAGUGUGCCAAACCCAUUUUUUGACAGACAGACAGAGAGAGAGAGAGAGAGAGAGAGAGAGAGAGAGAGAGAGAGAGAGAUAUUGUAUAUUGUAAAAAUACAAUGUUUUGUAGACCCAGGACAUACUUGAAAAUGUGAUAAUUCUCAAUGUAGCCAUCCUGGUAAAAUAUUUUAUAAAUAUAUAAACAAACUAAAUUAUCCUUAAUGUAACCUCAGAUGGGUUAUAUAUAUAUAUAUUUGGAUCUUGAAGAAGACCCUGUAAGGGUCGAAACGUCGAUCGUCUAAACUUGCACAUGUUAUUUGCACCAAAGAAUAAAUCAGAAUUUUGAUGAAGAUCUCUCUCUCUCUCUCUCUCUCUCUCUCUCUCUCUCUCUCUCUCUCUCUCUCUCUCUCUCUCUCUCUCUCUCUCUCAAUACGUACCAAGGUGCAAACCAGCGAUAUGUAUAUAGCAAAAAUAGUAAGGUGCACUCCUGGAUUUGAAAAAUUACUUUAGUUUAUUGUGCAGAAAAAUCAAAGUUCAGUGGAUCAACAUUUCGACCAUUACAUACAGUGAAUGUAAUAUAGAUUAAUGACUUACUAAAAUCUGUGAUGUGCCACCUCCCCCAACCGAUCAAAACCCGGAAGUGUGUGAAGACCGCGCGUAAUGUCAUCGCGUUACAUCCCGCUGUGUUUACAGCGGUUGCUAAGCAACCUUUGUGGAAACCAGUGUCUGUAACAAGUGAUAGCCAGCUACUUGCUGUGCCAAAAAUGGAGGAUAUUUAGAAGAGAUAUUGCAUGCUGUUAUUUUCACAUAUCACACUUUCACAUUAUAUUACAGAUAUUUUUUGAUUCACUCUUUUGAUCACAAGGUGUAGGUGCUGCUCCUUGUCCUAUCUUUAUUUCUCUUCUAAAUAUCCUCUGUUUUUUGCACAGCAAGUAGCUGGCUAUCACUUGUUAUAGACACUGGUCUCCACAAAGGUUGCAUAGCAACCGCUGUAAACACAGCGGGAUGUAACGCGUGGUCUUCACACACUUCCGGGUUUCGAUUGCUUGGGUGAGGCGGCACAUCACAGAUUUUGGUAAGUCAUUAAUCUCUAUUACCUAUAUAUGUAUUUCAUUCACUGUAUGUCAUGUUCUGAUCUUAAAAAAGACUGUGUAUUGGUCGAAACGUUUGAUUUUUCUGCACAAUAAACUAAAGUAAUUUUUCAAAUCCAGGAGUGCACCUUGUAAGAGAUUAUUGAUGUGAUUUUCUUGUGUGUGUGUGUGUGUGUAUACAAAUAUGAAAAUAUGAAUUAAUUGAUCAUUACUAGAAAAAUCUCAAAGUAAUAGGUCUGGAUAAUUACCAGUAAAAAUUAUUCAAAGAGUAUGCUAUACAAAUGGUUUUUAUUGGUAUAUCAUACUGCCAACUUUCAGAGAUAACAACACUGCUCUAUAAAAUAACCAACAAUGGGAUUUCUGAUUUUAUAAAUAUGUUAUACAAUAGAGAAAGGCAGUUAAAUAAUGUGGAUGGCCUUAUUAUCGGUUAAACAUAACCGAUAAUAAAUAUAUUCAACCUUUACAGGAGAAUUCUGUAUUGAGGUAUAUUGCCAUAGAUCUCUUAAAAGAUUUUAGAUUGAAUGAAGAUUUGACUGUGUCCCUGAGGUUAUUCCAUAUUAUAAUUCAUUAUAAUAUAUGGAUUGAAUCAGGUUAAAAAAAAGUCACUGUUAGACUUCAUCUUGCUCUCCUAAAAAAAACAAUAAAUGUGGUCAUCUGUUCAUGGCAUUGCUUAAAGUGACACUCCACUGCAUAAAUAAAUAAAUAUCCCUGUUUUGUAGAUAUAACCCCAGUGAAAGCAUUCAUGUAUUUAAUUAUUCAUUUUUUUCAUUGGGGUCUAUGUCUAAAAACAGCUAGCAGAAGCCUUUUCAAGGUGUCCUCUUCUGAUCUAACCCAGGCUUUCUGUGGCUGUCCAACCUCUGACUUCCCAAUGCAGCUCAAUGAGAAGCCUGGUGCUCUAGGCAAUUGCCUGCCUCUUGAGUUUAGCGCCACUGAGCAAAUCUACCAGGAAGUAACAGGAUAAGCUGUCUAAUUGCCAACCAUGGGGUAUAACAAGUUUAAUUUAUAAAAGUGCAAAUUUUAAAUUUGCUGAAGUGCUUUAGGGGUCUAGAGUGUCCCUUUAAGAGGUAAUCUAUACAUGGAGAUUAUUGAUGUGAUUUUCUUGUGUGUGUGUGUGUGUGUGUGUAUAUAUACAAAUAUGAAAAUAUGAAUUAAUUGAUCAUUACUAGAAAAAUCUCAAAGUAAUAGGUCUGGAUAAUUACCAGUAAAAAUGAUUCAAAGAGUAUGCUAUACAAAUGGUAGAAUAUAAGUUGAAUCUGUUUUGACUUGGUUGAUAUAUAAUGAUCAAUUUACCUUUCUCACCAUAUAUAGAAUGAAUUGGGCGCUAUUUCAAGGACUACUGAGUGGCGUUGGCAAGUUCUCCACUGCCUUUGGUCGCAUCUGGCUUUCUGUUGUCUUCAUCUUCCGACUUUUAGUUUAUGUGGUGGCAGCGGAACGAGUAUGGGGUGACGAGCAAGGGGAUUUUGACUGCAACACACGGCAACCAGGAUGCAACAAUGUCUGUUAUGAUCACUAUUUUCCAGUCUCUCACAUUAGACUCUUUGCUCUUCAACUUAUCCUGGUCACCUGCCCAUCUCUACUUGUGAUUAUGCAUGUGGCUUAUCGGGAGGACAGAGAGAGAAAACGUAUAAAACGUUUGGGGGAGAACUGUGGAAGGUUAUAUCUGGACACUGGAAAGAAGAGAGGUGGGUUAUGGUGGACCUACCUCCUUAGUCUUCUUAUUAAAACUAUAGUGGAUGCAGUAUUUCUUUACAUCUUUCACAGGCUCUAUCCUGAUUACACCCUCCCAAAUACUGUCAAGUGCUCCAUUGAUCCCUGUCCAAACAUUGUAGACUGUUUUAUAUCUAGACCAAGUGAGAAAACUAUAUUUACUCUUUUUAUGGUGGGAACUUCUAUACUAUGCAUCUUACUUAAUUUAUGUGAGAUUGCAUACCUGGUGUGCAAGAGAUGUUGUGAAUGCACGAAAAAGAGGAACGAACAAGUCAUGAGAAAAAGUGAAAAAGUUGUCACAUUCCUCCACAGUCAAGAAAUUAUCCGUGCUGAUAACAAGCUAAAUGAGGAGAUGGACAACCAGUGUUCAUAUGUACAUGCAACUGAAAUUAGAAAACCUUGCUUAACUAAGGGUUAGGCAUCUUUUCUCUAUUCAUUCUGGUGGCUGAAAGUUGUGUUAAAGGAAAACAUCUAAUUGGUGUGGAGUUAUGAUGUGGCUGACCCUAAUACCAAAACAAUAACACACCAAAUAUAUCAUCUCAUGUUACAUCAGUGGUACCUUCAUCCAGGAGGCUCAUACUGGAAGACAUAUGUAUUAAACCACAGAAAAAUCCUACUGCGAAAAAAAACACAUGUAUAAUUUCUCUUAAAAAGUUGCUGUUCACUGCCAGAUUAGCUAUCUUAUUGGUAUAUCAUACUGCCAACUUUCAGAGAUAACAACACUGCUCUAUAAAAUAACCAACAAUGGGAUUUCUUAUGUUAUAAAUAUGUUAUACAAUAGAGAAAGGCAGUUAAAUAAUGUGGAUGACCUUAAGCAUUUGUCAUUUAAUUUUCAUGUGAUUCUUUAAAAUCAUUGUAUGGUUCUCUUAAGAUAUACCAGUGAAAAUAUUUAACACAUGUAAAAGCGCAAUGUUUACAGAACUUCAAAAUAUCAAAUUAAUUUGGUUUACCUCUUCCAUGAGUGUACUUGCUUGUGCUAAUUUUAGAUUUGCAUUUCAAAGCUAAAGAAAAUAUAAAAACCCCGACAUAGCACCUGGGAAUGCACAUUACAGUACAAAUGCUUAGUGUAUGUAAUUUUGUAGUAUCGGUAUUUGAUCAAACUCUUUGUGACCAAAAACAUAAUUUCCAUUUUUGCUUGCUAAUAUUUCAUAUUCUAUCUAAAAUAUUGCAAGAUAAAGAAACCCAUGUAAUUACUAAAACAUUUUAUCCUCAACAUAUCAGUGAAGGAAAAAUGAAUAAUUAAAAAUGAAAUGUUUAUUUUCAGACAGUCAGAUCCAUGGGGUGCCAGAUUUACGGUUUAGCUGCUAAUCUGGCGUGCUAGCCAGCAUUCUGAUUGGUUGCUUGGUAUUUCAGCUUAUCAAAGAAUAGUUUGAAUUCAAAUAAUGGUUACUGAUGAGAAUUGCAUUGUCAUAGUUUACCAUAAUUUAUAGAUUGACAAUAGUAACAUUUGGCAUGUUCCCCAUCUUUCAUGUUUUUUUUGUAUCUAAUUUAAUUUAUCACUAAACUGGACUUAAAUAGUAGAAUGGCUGAUGAUUUAAAAUUUAGAUUGAGUGGAAUCUUGCCUUUUGCUAAUCUAAUCAACAUGGUUCAAAUUAGAUACUAGGUAAGAACAGUGAAGUAUUCAACAGAGUGGGUAGUGAGUAAGUUCAAAGAACAAGUAUGUUUUCAGCGGUCAAUGCAAUAGCAAAUUUGAAAAUUUAUAUAAAACUGAAAGUUUGCAGAUGAGAUCUGAACUGUUAUAGUAACAGGAUUAUUCAUGAAAUUGUAACUUGUUGGGAAUAAAAACUGAAUUCAAAAUUUUACAUUUUAGAUCAAAAUAGCUUAACUGUAAAAAUUAAAAUGUUAAAAUGCGAAAUUCUCUUUGAAUCUACUUUUAAUUCCCAAGAAUUAACACUUUAUGAAAUAACGCUGGCAUGGUAGCGAUUAAAUAAGAUAAUUGGAGCAGUCUUACAUCUACAGUCAGUUGACAUAUUCUUUUUUUAAAAUUUAUUUAUUAAAUGGCUUUGUUUCUAGAAAUGAAAAAUAGGUGAAACAUGUUACACAUUAAAUAUAGAAUCCAGUUUUUAUUUGAUAAUUUUAACGUUUCAUUCACUAAACAGAAGAGUUGUAGGAACCUGAGAACUGACUUACAGCAUUUUCCUUAUAGCUUCCAAAUUAGUUCUGUAGCUAUUUAAAGCAUUGCUUAUGGAGUAAAUCCUACUAGAUACAAUUUUGCAUUCAUAUUGUCAUUAUUUUGCAGAAAAAAAAGUAAAAUUGUUUUGUAUUUUUUUUUGUGAGGAAUCCUUCCUUAAAGGUAUUAUUUUAAAAAUGUAAUGUAAAUUUUUGUACUUCUUAAAGAAAGAAAUAGAAAAUAUUAUUUA